AUGGCUUUAGAUACUUUAGAUUAUUCUGUAAUGGUAGCGUUGGCGCUUGCCAUUUUGGUAUAUUUUGGAAAGGAUAAAAUCUGGCCUGGAGACGAUGGGACGUCGGCCGGUUUUGUUGCCAAUGUAUCAGCUGGAGGCCAUUCCAGGGAUUUGAUAGAAACAUUGAAUAAAAACAAUAAGAACUGCAUUAUUUUUUACGGAAGUCAAACAGGAACCGCUGAAGACUACGCGUCCAAGUUGUCUAAGGAAUUAGGCUCGAGGUUCGGGUUAAAGUCGAUGACAGUGGACUUUGCGGACUACGAUUUUGAUAACUUUGCAGAAAUUAGUGAAGAUGUAUUGUGCUUCUUUUUGAUGGCUACUUAUGGUGAAGGAGAGCCGACCGACAACGCUAUUGAGUUUUUCAAUUUCUUAGACAACGAGGCAGAUACUCUCUCAACAUUACGAUUCUCCGUGUUCGGAUUAGGUAACUCAACGUACGAGUUUUACAAUGCCAUAGGUAAGAAGGCCAACGAAAGGUUACAAGAGUUAGGAGCAGAAAGAUUCAGUGCUUACGGAGAAGGAGACGAUGGUUUGGGCACCAUGGAUGAAGAUUUCUUGAGUUGGAAAGACCUGGUCAUUGACUCUUUGAAGAAUAAUUUAAAUUUUGAAGAACACGAAGCCGUCUAUCAACCAAGUUUGAAUUUGAUUGAAUCUGUUCAUUCGAUCGAUGAUGCCGUAGUUUCACAUGGUGAACCCAAUUCCGCAUAUGUAUCUAAUUCGGUUGAUUUGUCAAAGGGUCCAUUUGAUCACGCUCAUCCAUUUUUAUCGAAAGUAGUAAAAACUCAAGAAUUAUUCAAUUCAAAGACAAGGUCUUGUGUUCAUGCAGAAUUUGAUUUAUCCGGAACUAACUUAAGAUAUUCGACAGGUGAUCACUUAGCCAUCUGGCCAUCAAACGCAAAUGAAAAUAUUGAAAAAUUCUUAGAAGCAUUUGAUUUAUAUGAUAAGACAGAUAACGUUUUUGAACUUAAGGCCGCAGAUUCAACAGUUGCGAUUCCUUUCCAUACUCCGAUUACGUAUGGUGCCGUUGUUAGACAUCACUUAGAAAUUUCUGGUGACGUCUCUAGACAGUUCUUAUUAUCAAUUGCGCAGUUUGCACCAGAUGAAGAAACAAAGAAGGAAGCUUUAAGAUUAGGUAAUAGCAAAGAGUUGUUUGCCACGGAGAUUCAUGAAAAGUGUUACAACAUGGCGGACGCUUUAUUAAAGAUUUCAGAUGGAAAACCAUGGAAUAAUGUUCCCUUUGAAUUUAUAGUAGAAUCCGUUCCACAUUUGCAAGCACGUUACUAUUCGAUUUCUUCGUCGUCUUUGUCCGAAAAAACUGCUAUACAUGUUACAGCAGUAGUCGAAUCUGAGAAAAUAGGGAAUCAACUAGUUACAGGGGUCGUCACUAACUUAUUAAAGAAUAUAGAAAUUGAACAAAAUAAUAAAACAGAUAAACCCACUGUUACAUACGAUUUGAAAGGACCGAGAAACAAAUUUUCGAACUAUAAGUUGCCUGUACAUGUUAGAAGAUCAACAUUUAAGUUACCUAGCAACCCAUCAACCCCAAUAAUUUGUAUUGGACCUGGUACUGGUAUUGCUCCUUUCAGAGGUUUUAUUAGAGAAAAAGUUUCUCAAAUUAAAAUCAAUAAUGCCACCAUCGGUAAAAUAAUGUUGUUUUAUGGUUGUAGGAGUGAAGAUGAAGAUUACUUAUACAAAGAUGAAUGGCCAUCAUAUGCGCAAGCUUUAGGAUCGCAAUUUGAAAUGAAUGUUGCUUUUUCAAGAAAGGAUCCUAAAAACAAAGAGUAUGUUCAACACAAGUUAUUAGAGAACGCUGAACAGAUUAAUUCAUUAUUAAAUGACGGCGCUUUUAUAUAUGUCUGUGGUGAUGCAUCUAAAAUGGCAAGAGAUGUACAGAGUACGUUGACUAAGAUCAUAGCUAAAGGAAGAAAUAUUUCUGAUGAAAAGUCUGCUGAAUUAAUUAGAUCGUUCAAGACUCAGAACAAAUUUCAAGAAGAUGUAUGGUAG